GCGCGAAGCAUCUGUGACUAACAGAAUCAAUCUAUUGCUGCAACAAGUGGACAUUUAUCUCAGCAUUUCAUUUUCCUUGAAGAUCUUUCAUUAGAUUUUUUUCAAAGCUUCUCACAACGGGCAAAAUGGUGAACUGUGGUCUGUUGACAAACAUGAAUGAGCCAGUUCCACUAAAGAACAUUGAGGUGGAUCUGCAGGUUCAGGGGCAUGUAGUGACAGUGACCUCCACACUGAAGUAUAUAAAUGAGGAAGAUAACACCCUGGAAGCCGUGUUUGUCUUCCCCAUGCCUUCAGGAGCUGCUCUCUGCCAUUUCAGUGCCAAGAUUGCAGAUCAGGAGAUAGUGGCUGAGGUGCAGGAGAAACAGGAGGCGCGGGAGCAGUACGAUGAUGCACUGAGUUCAGGUGAACAGGCGUUUCUGCUGGAGGAGAGUGAGGAGUCUGCGGACGUGUUCAGGCUCAGUGUGGGCUCUCUGCCUCCACACCAGAGUGCCGCUGUCACCUUCAUCUAUAUCAUUGAACUGAGUGUGCAGGCUGACCAUUCACUGCAGUUCUGUCUGCCUGCAGUACUCAACCCUCGCUACACACCAGCUGGUACAGGGGGUGGUAUAGUGUCAGAGAUAACAUCAAGUUCCACUGGUAUCCCCUACUCCCUCUCUUUUACUGCACAUAUAAACUCUCCAAACCCCAUCACUAAAGUGGAGUCCAAAUGUCCUCUAGAGCCUCUGAUGUUCCUCAACACAGACCACACCAAGGCGAAGGUAAGUCUUGGCGCAGGUCACAUGUUUGAUCGAGAUGUCGAGCUGUAUCUAUAUUAUCAGAAUCCCCAUCAGCUCACUGCUAUAGUGGAGGCUGGAGCUCCUGCAGAAGAGUCAGGAUCUCUUAUGGGAGAUCCAGUGGUCAUGGUCAGUUUCUAUCCAGAGUUCCCUGAGUCAGUGAUGUCCUCCAUGUCAACGUGUGGUGAGUUUGUGUUUGUUAUGGACAGAUCCGGCAGUAUGUCCAGUAGCAUGCAUAAUGGACCAGGUGCACAGGAACGCAUCGACUGUGCCAGGGACACUCUUCUCCUGCUACUGAAGAGUCUCCCCAUGGACUGUUACUUCAACAUCUAUGGCUUUGGCUCUCGAUAUAGUUCCUUCUUCCCUAAAAGUGUGCGGUACAAUCAGGGCACAAUGGAGAAAGCGAUGCAGAAGGUAAAGGAGAUGCAAGCAGACAUGGGGGGCACAGAGAUUCUGCCAGCUUUGAAACACAUUUACAAGCAGCCUUGCAUCUCCAACCACCCAAGACAGCUUUUCAUAUUUACAGAUGGUGAAGUAGGAAACACCAAAGAUGUUCUUCACUGUGUCAAGAGCAAUGCUAAAUUCCACAGAUGCUUCUCAUUUGGGAUUGGUGAAGGUGCAAGUUCUGCACUCAUUACAGGAUUGGCUGAGAACAGCUGUGGCCACGCCCAGUUCAUCACAGGAAAGGAUCGCAUGCAGGCCAAAGUAAUGCAGUCUCUUCGCUAUGCUUUACAACCAGCAGUGACUGAUAUCACUGAGGACUGGUUUGGAUUAUCUUUCUCCCAUCUGAGCCCCCAAAUUAAAUCACUGUUCCAUGGUCAAAGAGCACUGAUUUAUGCCCAGUUGAAAGGAGAGGAAUGUCAGAACCCAGAUGCUAAGGGAAAAAUAUCAGUGCAUUAUCGCCUGGGAGGUCAGGAGGUCACAAACAGUGUUGACUUCUUCCUGAAGCCUGUCGAGAACACAGGGAUGGCCAUCCACAGGCUUGGUGCUCGCUCUCUGAUCCGUUCUUUGGAAAGAGACGAGAGGGUUGAUGGAGCUGAUAAAGAUGCUCUGAAGGCCAGAGUGGUGGAACUGAGUAAGCAGUGUGGAGUGAGCAGCUCACACACAGCCUUCAUAGCUGUUCAUAGGGGCAACAAACAAGCUGUGAAGGGGCCGCUGGUGAAGAGGAGAAUUCCUGCCCCGGUAAUGCUGGGAUGUUCAGUUAGCUACUUGUCGAGGAAAAAAAGAGCACUUUGCAAAGUGUCUCCUGCUGCAAUGGGUGUUAUGCUCUGUCAAAAAUCCGUUGCGUUUUCUGCUGCACCAAUGGCUGGUGUGCCCUGUGCAGAUUCCCUUGCAUUUCCUGCUGCAGCAAUGGCUGGUGGGCUCUGUACCAACUCUCUUGAAGAGUGUGAUGCAGGAUUUGACACAAGCCCAGGUGAUGCAGGAUUUGACACAAGCCCAGAAACUUCAGGGACUCCAAAGGACUUACUGAUGGAGCUCAUCUCUCUCCAGAAGGCUUCAGGUUGCUGGGAAAUUGGGACUUCACUUGCAGAGGUGUUUGGGAAAACAGAAAAAGAGCUGAUCGAGAAGAUUCCUGCACAGGUGAAGCCAGAUGUCUGGGCUACACUUCUUGCUCUUAUUUGGUUGCACGGCUUUAAGAUCGAUGUUCAAGUUGAGUGGCAGUUUUUGGCCAUGAAGGCAGUGUCAUGGAUCCGCAGUCAGAAAGUGGUCAACCAGUCAGAGUGUAUACAGGCAGGAAACUCUUUGCUGGGCUGUCAGGUUACAGAAGAUGCUCUUGGCCUCUGAACUCUUUCAUCCCACAGCAUCCACGAGAAAGUCUAAUUCUUUAAAAAAAAAAAAAAAAACUUUCAUUAGCCUGAUUAUCUCUAUAAAUGUAUUGCAACAGUAAGGCAGGUUUUAUUGUUUUUUCUAUGGACUGAAUUCAUUUGGAUUUGAGAUCAAAAAAUGUAUGACAUAAUAGAUCAGAAUUACAGCUUUAAAUCCCUGAUAUGUCCAUUUACAUCUAGCUUAGAUCAUGCCAAUUAGUUAAUAGCACUGAAUAUCUACUCUUGCUUUGAAAACCAGAGAGCUGUCAAUGGGAGAAAAGAAAACUAUUUUGAAUCUGACAAUAGAGGGAAAUGGAUCAGAGCCAUUUUACUAGUGUUGGGCAUAGCAAAUAAAACAAUUUGGAAUGUCCUGAAAAAGUAACGACUGGUGUACUAACGAGCAGAUGUUCAACAAAUGGGCCAAGGAAAACAACAGUAUUUUAAAAGAGUUAUGAUGAAAAACCCAAAUAUGACAGUCAGUGAUGUCUGUUCACGGAAAAGGUGUGAAUGUAUACCACAUGUAUAUACAUCUUAUAAGCAGUAAGGAUCAGAAGGUCAGAUUGAAAUUCAAAAAGAAGUAAAGAGAUAAGUCAAGUUCUGAUGCAGUUAUUGUCUUAUCAUCAUCCCUUAUUAACCAACACAAGAAUACAAAAAAAGAGAAUUUGCCUUACUGUACAGAACUAUGCACAGAUUUGUUUGUCAAUUGCAAAGACUUUAGUUAAAAUACAACAGUGACAUUCUGUUCAUAAAAUCUUUCCUUUAGUUCAGGUUUUAGUUUAACAUGCACAUGAUGUUAUCCAACGAUUUCCAGAUGUAUAAAAUUUAAAAUAAUAGUUAAUGACAACAACAAUAUUGAAGUGAGGGAUUGAGGAGAAAGAGGGUUGGGCUUUUACUAUAUACUUUACUUUUAUUAUAUCUGCUAGCUAAAAUACUGUAUGUUUGCUUUACUUAAAUCUUACUUUUUAAGAGCUUAUUGUGAGAAAUCAUACAUUCUGUUAAUUGGUAAUAAUCUUAAUAAAACUUAUCUGUGCA